UGCUGGACUCCGUGUGCGCGGGAGUCCUCGGGCCCUGGCGACCCAGCCGGCAGCCGGCUCUCCCCGUCGGUUCCCGGGGCUGCCGCGCCGGCCCCUGCUCAUCCCAGCGUGCGGGCGGACGGGCCCGCUGAGGCCCCAGAGGCGGGGAAUAGCCAGGGAGUGGAGGACUCGAACCCGGGCCCCCGGCCUUGUAACCCGGACUCCUGACCCCGCGGACCUCGCUGCACCUCCCCAGAGCCGUGUCCUUCCCGGGGCUCAGUUUACCCUCUGUGAUGGGGGCCCGUCGCUCUGCCUCCAUGGGGCUCUGCAAGGGUUCUCUGAGGCAAGAGCUAUGAAGUGCCCCGUGCGGGUGCUCAGCACACGGACUGCUUUAUUUUCGGAUUAUCCGCGGAGCUGUGUUCCCAGAUCCACACCUGUCUCCUGCGGGUCUCCCGCUGAGGCUCCUGUGUGGGAGCAGCUAGCACGGCAGCCUGAGGCUGCAGUCCUUGGAACGGCUGGCGUGCCAGGUGGGACCUUGGCUGGCACCCGGGAACCGGAGUCUCAGGAUGGUUCGAGGGCUUACACCCUCCCUAUGAGCAACACGGAUCAUGCAGAGCGCCCGACCUCCUUCCGGGUCUAGAAUGUUGGAAGCUGCGAGGCCAUGAGAGCCCCAGGCUCCCUGUGAGCUUCUAGGAGACGCCAUCUCCCAUGUGUGGUCAUCUCCUCCGUGGGAAAUACUACCCGCCCGACUUUGACCCGUCAAAGAUCCCCAAACUCAAGCUCCCCAAGGAUCGGCAGUACGUGGUGCGGCUGAUGGCUCCCUUCAACAUGAGGUGUAAGACGUGCGGAGAGUACAUCUACAAGGGCAAGAAGUUCAACGCGCGCAAGGAGACGGUGCAGAACGAGGCCUACCUGGGCCUGCCCAUCUUCCGCUUCUACAUCAAGUGCACGCGGUGCCUGGCAGAGAUCACCUUCAAGACGGACCCCGAGAACACCGACUACACCAUGGAGCACGGAGCCACACGGAACUUCCAGGCGGAGAAGCUCCUGGAGGAGGAGGAGAAAAGGGUCCAGAAGGAGCGGGAGGACGAGGAGCUCAACAACCCCAUGAAGGUGCUGGAGAACCGGACCAAGGACUCGAAGCUGGAGAUGGAGGUUCUAGAGAACCUGCAGGAGCUCAAGGACCUGAACCAGCGGCAGGCCCACGUGGACUUCGAGGCCAUGCUGCGGCAGCACCGGCUGUCAGAGGACGAGCGGCAGAAGCAGGAGCAGGAGGAGGACGAGCGGGAGACGGCGGCCUUGGUGGAGGAGGCGCGCAGACGCCGGCUGCUGGAGGACUCUGACUCGGAGGAGGAGGCGGCGGCUCCUGCCCCCCCACGGCUGGCCGUCCGGCCCAGGCCCACCGCCAUCCUGGAGGAGGCCCCAAAAGCCAAGAGGAAGGCAGAAAGCUGGGAACGGAGUGUCGGCACCCUUGGCAGCAGGCCCCAGCUGUCGGGCCUAGUCGUGGUGAAGAAAACAGACCUGGGUUGCAGCACCCGGCAGGGCCUGGCAUCGCCCGCCUCCCAGGGGCCCGUGCGGAGCAGCAAAGCAGCUGACCCUGCACCCCGGUUGCCGGGCACCUCCUCCCUGAGCCAGCUGGGGGCCUAUUCGGACAGCGAGGACAGCAGUGGCAGCAACUGAGACCCCAGGCCCUUCCCCAGGUCAAGGUCCCGCAUCCAGAGCACCAGCCAGAGCCACGCGUGACUGGGCGAACCCGGAAGUCCUCUGCGGCAGGCAGGGCCAGCAAGGGCUGCGGCCAAGGGACUCGGUUUCUGUCCUCUCCCCUCACCUGCCGGCCCUCGGGGACCUCGGGGUCCCCAGCUGACACUGCCGCCCUCCUGGCCCUCCGUUUGGGGCCGUGGCAUCCCUGGGAGAGCUCCCAGCUCCCGGCAGGCCUCUGUGGUCCACACGUGGCUAAUCCGGCCUCUUGGCUCUCGGAAGCUGAGAGACGGUAAAGGUCCGUUGAUUGGUGGGCAUCUGGGGGCGAUUUGUUACGUGGCACUAGAUCGCGGGUCCCGCCGCUGGUCACGUGGCGGGAAAUCAAUGCCGGAGCUCACGUUGUUUCAAGGUUGCCCGACUCCGGCUCUGGAAUAGUUCUCGCCCGCUCCAGAGCGUUCUGGUUGAAGGUCCUGUGCUCCUGCCAGACUCCUGACCCCCAGCUCUGCUCUCCCGCCCCCUCAGCCCCAGCGUCGCCGGCCUCUGCCCUCCUCUCCCUCCCUCCCGCAUACUCACAUUUGUUUGGCAUCUGGGAAUGCGCCUUUGUGCUUCUCACUGGCAGAGUGUGGAGCCGAGCAGCCCCCACUCGGGAUCCGCGUUCCUGCAGUGACUUCUGGGCGGGUAUGGCUGGGAGGCGGCAACUGGGAUCCAGCCAGGCCCCGGGGCCCCACCUCACCCUGAAAACAGGACCCCAGGGGGCCCAAGUUCUGAAAUGCAGUUGGUGGCCCGGGCUUGGGCUUGCUGGUUGGUGCGUCCCUCCCCCCAGGUCCCCCCAGCAGCAUCCUCUCUGUGGUCGCCUUGGCCGUGGUGGGAGUAUUUACACUGUGGAAGUCCGCACACAGAGCAGUGCCCGUGCCGGAGAGCCAGCUGUGGGCACUUCACAGCCUGCCCAGCCCGCUUCCCCAAAGUCAAAGUCAGCAUCGUCAGGCGCGCGCGCUGCCCGGGAUGGGGCUGUUCAGACCAGCGGCUGGAGGAGAGCAUCCAGGCCCGGAAGCACUUGUGGGAGAGAUGAGGAGGCGUGGGGCCCGCUCACUCUGCUGCAUCCCCGCAGCCCAUCUCCUGAGCUCCCGGACUUUGUGGCUGUGUGUGCGUGCCAGCUGUCCCUGUUCUUUGCUGAAGAUCGUGGAUCCUGUUCUGAAACCCGGAUCAGUGAGCUAUGAUUGGCGGGCCAAAGCUGGCCCACAGCCUAUUUUUGUGAAUAAAGUUUUAUUGGCACAGCA